AGCAUUCUUGGGAUUCUGAUGAGCAUUUUUUUGAUCCACCUCAACUUAUAUUCUAUAUGUCUUACCUAAUCAGUGAAAAUGAGGGCAUAAAUUGAAUACUCAAAAUUUUGGGGAGCAGAAAUCCCACUUCCAAUUCGAUUUUAGGGGGAAAAUAAAAGAAAAGAAAAAAUCCCACCUAUACCGUUCGCCCCUACCGGGGCACCCUUUGCUUUCCCUGAUGUUCCCAAAACGCCUUCCGACAAUCAAACAAAUCCAAACGGCGAAUUCCGAAGCACACCACCUUUGACCCGUAGUCCAAGUCUUCCCUCUGUGGAAUAUCCCAUAAAUUUUGUUUAAACUGCCAUGAAAUCAUCUGAAAAGUAUGCUGUGACGUAUGCUUACACCUUCCAGACGUCAUCAGACGACGACGAGGACAUGACGGAGACCGUUACAGACAUGGCAGCAUCAGUGAGGGCGGUGGAGGAACUCCUGAAUUACAAGUUUAAGAACAAGAUGCUUCUAGAAGAAGCUCUGACUCAUUCUUCUUACACUGAUUCGGCAUCUUACCAGCGGCUUGAGUUCAUCGGCGAUGCCGCUCUUGGCUUAGCCGUCUCUAACUACGUGUUCCUGGCUUACCCGGACCUUGAUCCGGGCCAGCUCUCUCUUCUUCGGGCUGCCAAUAUUAGCACCGAGAAGUUAGCUCGUGUUGCCGUCAGACAUGGCCUUCAUAAAUAUGUUCGUCACAAUGCCGCUGCUCUUCACGAUAAAGUGAGAGAUUUUGCAACAGCGGUAGGGCAGGAGGAUGAAACAGAGGUACAUGGAGGGGCAAUUAAGGCUCCAAAGGUUCUUGCUGACAUAGUGGAGUCAGUGGCUGCAGCUGUAUAUGUAGAUUGCGGGUUUGAUCUGCAAGCGUGGGUGGACAAUUUAAUAUCAGCAAAUUACAUGAAAGAAACGGGGUUUCCAAAACUAAAGAGUUUUUAA